AUGAAAGGCAAUUGUGGAUCCUGCUAUGCAUUCUCCGCUUGCGGGUCUCUGGAGGGCCAAUAUAAGAAAAAGACCGACAAAUUAAUUGACUUUUCGACUCAACAGGUUGUCGAUUGCAGUAGCGAGGAGGGAAACAUGUUCUGUAACGGAGGACUUCAGGAUUACUCUUUUAAUUACAUGCAAAAGCAUGGAAUCACCAGUGAAGAAAAAUAUCCAUACAUAGGCAAAGUGAGUAAAGCAUGA